AUGGCCAUGAAUAUUACUCUUAUAUACUCGUUCUAUUAUCAACAGCCGCCUUUGCCUGAUCAACUUGGCUGGUCCACGGUAUGGAUUAUGGCCUUCUUCGGAGCCCGGUGCGUUCUUGAUCUCUAUAUUGUCCUCCAAUGGUAUGGGUUCCGACGUUUUUCUCUGAAUAUUUUGAGGCGAGUGACAGGCACAGUUACUUAUGGUAUAUCAGAGCCUUUGGGCUCCCCUGGGUCCAAUGGUGCCUCAACGAAUUUGCAAAGGGGAGAUGCCAAUAGAGACUUGGAUCUGCAGGCUAACAGAGCGCGGUCUCCUCUGUCGACCAGGUUACUUGGUAACGUCGACGAAUUGUUCUAUUGGGAGCGCUCUGCAAGUGCUGCUAGCUUGGCCAGUGUCAAUUCUUCUCUGGAUUAUAGUGGGCCUGUUCUGGCUGCAUUGCUUGCAGUCACACCUGUUCAAAGUGCAAAUGCUAUGCCCGUGCCGUCUCUUGACCAGGGUUCAAACACGCCUGCCUUAUGGCCUAACAACUCGAAAUCCUAUUUUUUCAUUGUUGCGGUUCUCAUAUCACUGUUCUUCGUGGGGAAGCUCAGCCAGUUCAUCAAGAACUUCCGAAGGAAGUCCGUUGUGGGUGUUUCCGUUCACCUGUAUUUCACGGAACUAUGUCAAUUUGUAAUUGUGCUGCUGCUGUCACCCAAAAUGUCCGGUAUUCAGCUCCUGAGUCUGGUACCCGUCCUGGAAACUGUCCCCUCACUGUUUCUUCUGCUCCCCAUCCUCAUGAACAUCGCCAUACUGUUCCAAUUCUACCACUAUGAGUACAAUCUGACGCGAUCCAGUCAACUCACUCCACUGCAAAAUAUGUAUAGGGCCGAGUUGGUGAACGACUUCGACCACACUGCUGAACACUCUUGGCUGAUUCGUCCCGGUCCGGAUUCGGACACAAAAAGGGACGGUCUGUAUACCUCUGUGGCAGAGCAAAUCUCUUAA